AUGAUUUAUUUAAAAACAUUUCUUAUUGCUCUUUAUUUUAUUCCUUUCAUUCAAUCUCGUCACCAUCAUAGCGAUCCUUCCGAAUCGAAUGAAGAAGCUACUGAAAAACCACCAACCGAAUUGGAGAAACAAGGGAAAGAGAUUAUGGAUCGAAUGAUGGUAAAUAUGGCCGGUGCAAUGGUAAAAUCUGUGUUUCCAGAGAUGGACAAAUUCGAGAGAAAAGAAGAGCCACCAUCACAACCAGAAGAAGUUCAACAAAUUCCGCAAUUCCCUCAAAGAGAAAUUCGACGUUCUCCGUAUCCUUCGAAUUAUGGUUUAUCGAAUCAGGAAGGAUAUGGAAUCAACCCGGCUAGCGGUGGUGGAAUGAGUGGAAAUCUGGGGCAACUUGGGCCAAUUGUUGGCGCGUUGGCAAGCAGUGGAGCUCUAGACACGUUGACUGGAGGAGGAGGACAAGGACAAGGGAUGGAUCCGCGGUUGAUCAACGAGAUGAGAAAUCAAGCAUAUUUGUCUGAACUCGCUAAACAUCAGCACGAGUUGACUCAAUACUCGGCUAAACAAAUGGAAUACCUUGAUCAACAACGCCGAUAUCAGCAAGCGAUCAUUGAUCAUCAAGCUGAAGCUGCGUUGUUAAUGCAAAAGGAGCAACAAAAGGCGAUCAACGAAGCAAUGGGGCAAGCUAAAGCAAUGUAUGCUAAACAACGGCUAAUGGCUGCUAAAGCAAAGAUGCAUGGAUCAAAGACGCACGCAGAGCCAGAGAAAACGAUUGAACCUGGUGACAGAGCUCUCACUUCUGAUCAAGAUCUUCGUUCAUAUUUUAAAAAGAAAUAUGGAAUCGAGAUCCCAAACAAUGGGGCUGAGCUCACUGAUGAUGAGCGGGAAACUUUGAGGAUAUUGAAAAUUGACCUUGUAAAGGACAGAGCUAAGGGAUUGUCGAUGGAUAAAGCAGAGGAGAUUGAGGAAACCGAAGGCUCGUCAAAUGCUCGUGGAAUUUGUGGAAUGUGCAAAACGAUGAAUAUCAGAAAGUUGAAAGGUUCUUGGACACAAUUAUAUGGAAAUCCUGACUCAAUGAAGCAAACCUUUGGCACAAUACGAUCUUUGGAAAGAAUGAAAGGAUCAAGAAGGCAUUUAUCAAAAAACUCAACGACCAAAAAGCCGUCUUGCGUUGGACUUGAAAUUGGUGCCUACCGAAAUGGAGAAGCUGAAACAAAUUUCUAUUUCAGAGAUAGCGAUGAGGAGAAUUCACUUCAUGAGAUGAAAGGAGAAGUUCAAAAGUCUGAUGAGUCAAACUUUUCACUCGAAACAGACUUGUAUUCUGCAGAUUUUUGCGUUGUCAAAUCGGGUCCAGCUGAUGCCGAUCAACCGGAGUUUAUUGUUCUAGCCGAGACAAAAGGUGCAGGGGCUUGUAGAGUUGUUCAUGUGUUUUCGAAAGAUAAAGACGAGUUCGAGAGACGAUUUUUCGAUGAUGUCUCGGAAUUUAUGAAAGAGCAAGUUCAUAAACGGAGAAUUCGCCCAGUCGGAGCCUUACCGAAUCCAGAAUUGUGUCAACUUGAUGCACCA